GAGAGGGUUUUUUUUUAUUGAUUAAUCAGUAGAUAAGAACUGCUUUAGGUGAAGGGAAAGACAACACUCAAUACAUGGAAGGUCAGCUCAAUUGGACUGGACCAAAAGCAAAGAAGUUUCCGGGAUAAAAUGAAUGCUUCAAAGGUCAGCGGAGCAAGCGCGGGGGUCUGGGGAGCAUGGUUUGUGGGGACUUCUAAGUCAAUUGGCAAAAUAAUUCUAUUAUGAAAUCAUUCUGCAUCCCACUUUGAAAUGUGGCGUCUGGGGUCUUAAAUGCUAACAAGCAGCCAUCUAAGAUGCAGCAAUUGGUCUCAACCCACCUGGAGCAAAGAAAAAUGAAGAACACCAAGCCCACAUGACAACUAAGAGCCCAAGAGACAGAAAGGGCCGCAUGAUCCAGAGACCUACAUCAUCCUGAGACCAGAAGAACUAGUUGGUGCCCGGCCACAAUUGAUGACUGCCCUGACAGGGAGCUCAGCAGAGGACCCCUGAGGGAGCAGGAGAUCAGUGGGAUGCAGACCCCAAAUUCUCAUAAGAAGACCAAACUUAAUGGUCUGACUGAGACUGGAGGAAUCCCGGCGGCCAUGCUCCCCAGACCUUCAGUUGACACAGGACAGGAACCAUCCCCGAAGACAACUCAUCAGAAAUGAAAGGGACUGGUCAGCGGGUGGGAGAGAGAUGCUGAUGAAGAGUGAGCUAAUUAUAUCAGGUGGACACUUGAGAUUGUGUUGGCAACUCUUGUCUGGAGGGGGGAUGGGAGGAUAGAGAGAGAGGGAAGCCGGCAAAAUUGUCAAGAAAGGAGAGACUGAAAGGGCUGACUCAAGACGGGGAGAGUAAGUGGGAGUAGGGAGUGAGAUGUAUGUAAACUUAUAUGUGACAGACUGAUUGGAUUUGUAAACGUUCACUUGAAGCUUAAUAAAAGUUAUUAUAAAAAAAAAAAAAAACAUUGACUGAACACUGUUUAUGUGCUGAAGUCUCUGGGUGGUGAAAAUGGUUAGCACCCUAGGCUGCUGACUGAAAGGUUGGGGGUUUGAGUCCAUCCAGAGGUGGCUCGAAAGAAAGGCCUGGCAGUCUAGUUGCCAUAAAUCAGCCAUUGAAAACCCUAUGGAGCGUAGUUGUACUCUGCCACGCAUGUGUUCUCCAUGAGUUGGAGUCACCCUGACGGCAACUGGUAUUAUGUGCCAGGCAGAGCGUUGAGUGCUUUCCACAUAUGAUGCCGUGAAGCAGGCGCUAUCACUCCCCUUUUCAGAUGAGGAAACUGAAGCUCAGAGUAAACAGCUGUUGGAGGGUUAGAUGUCUAGGAUCUGUCUAAUUUGUCUCUCCACCACAGCUGCUUCUCACCACAGGGUUGAGCAGCUUGGGAGGGCGAACCUGGGUGUGACUGGGGCAUAGUUAUGAGGAAAGGAAUAGGCUUAUUGACGUCUUCCGACUCCCUGGUACAAAUGCUUAUGAGUCUGGAGUUGGGUAUGAGGCACCUCUGCAGACCUGUUUCUAGAUGACUGCUGCUCUGAAGGUUCAAAUGAGAAGUGCCCUCAUGGCUAAGGUGCCUGUGAGUGAAUGUGAGUAGCGAACUAAGUCGCUCGUGGUCCGCUCUGCCUUCACAAAGAAUGAGCCAUCCCAGAUGGGGGUUGGGGACAUUAGGGAAAUGGGCUGGGGAGAGGGGUCGUUCUGCCCACUGUAGUGGGGAAGGAGGUAAAAUCUAAUGGGCUGCCCCGGGCUCGGUUGCCUGCGUGUCUGACACACCAGGCCACUCAUGCACUGAUUUGAUUUCGGAAUCAGUGGCUGAACCCCUCGGUGGGUGGGUGUGACUUUGUGCCCCAGUCUUGGGAGGGCGCUAAGAUGAACUAACCUUGGGUCCUGUCCUCAAAACACUUACAGCCUAGAGGGGACAAGAUGCAUGCAAAGUAACAUGUAACACAACUAAGCCAUCAAGAAACCACCAGAGAGGGACCAAUACAUUUCUCUGAAUGCUUAGCAGAGGAGAUCUUGUUUCCAGGGCUUGAGAGGGCAUGAAAGAAGACUUUGGGGAGAAGGAUUUUUAUUAGAAAUCCUCAUCUGUGUGAAGCACCAUGGCAUGGUGGUGAUGAGUGUGGACUCUGAAGUCAGAUUGCCUGGGUUCAAAUUCUGUCACUCUUUGUCAUGUGCCUGUAGGCAAGUCAUUUAAGGUAGCUGUGCCUCAACUUUCCUGUCUGUAAAAUGGGGGUAAUCACAAUCUUGAGGAUUGAGUGACUUAAUCUAUGUAAAACAUUUAGAAUAAUGCCUGACACACAGCAAGUGCUCUAUGUACAGUUAUUAUUGUUAUUAUUAAUAGGAAGGAUGAUAUUAGGGUUGUUGUAAAGACUAGGGAUUAGUGGGAUCAAAGCCUGGCACACAGUAGGCCACUAAAUACAAGGCAGUGGCUCUCCUUGUUAUUAUUGAAGUGUAGAUGAGUACAGAACUAGAAGUGAAGCAAAGGGCAUCCCAGGUAGUGUGAAUGGCGUCAGCAAAGAUAGGAGGCAGGAAUGUGCAAUGUGUGAGUAAAAAAAACAAAAACAAACCAAGCCCAGUGCCCUCGAUUCGAUUCUGACUCAUAGUGACCCUGUAGUGAGUAAGGAACAGAAAAUAAUUUGGUUCAGAUCCUCAGGAGACAGAGGAUGAACUCUUUCUGCUGAUUUCUCAGCUUUCUGUGGACUCUUAGAGUCCAUUACAAAGGCCAAUUUCCCUCAACAAACCUCCGUGGCCUGCUUUUGCAUUUUCUCUGAACACAGGCCUCCUGGAGAGUCUGCUCCCCUUCUCUCCAAGGAUGAGUCUCCAGGGUAUGAUCUGCUUUCCCCUGGGGCUCCUGCUUGGCUCCAUGCUCCUGGCAGCCUCAGCUCCAGCCACUUCUGAGUCCCAGGGCUGCAGCAACAAGGAGCAACAGGUCACCGUCAGCCACACCUACAAGAUUGAUGUGCCCAAGUCUGCACUGGUCCAAGUAGAGGCUGACCCUCAGCCCCUCGGUGAUGAUGGGGCCUCGCUCCUGGCUCCAGAGGAGGCUGAGGAGGAACAAAACAUCGUCUUCAGGCACAACAUCCGCCUUCAGACACCACAGAAGGACUGUGAGCUGGCAAGCAGGGUCCAGGACCUACUGGCCCGAGUGAAGAAGCUAGAGGAAGAGAUGGUGGAGAUGAAGGAGCAGUGUAGCAUCCAGCGCUGCUGCCAAGAAGCAGCUGAUCUGAGCCGCCACUGCAGCGGCCACGGGACCUUCUCCCCGGUGACCUGCAGCUGCCGCUGCGAGCAAGGCUGGGAGGGCGCCGAGUGCGAGCGGCCCUCCUGCCCCGGGGCCUGCAGCGGCCACGGGCGCUGCGUGGACGGGCGCUGCCUCUGCGAUGAGCCCUACGUUGGGGCCGACUGCGCCUACCCCGCCUGCCCCGAGAACUGCAGCGGGCACGGCGUCUGCGUGCGCGGCGUCUGCCAGUGCCACGAGGACUACAUGUCGGAGGACUGCAGCGAGCGGCGGUGUCCCGGCGACUGCAGCGGGCACGGCUUCUGCGACGCCGGGGAGUGUUACUGCGAGGAGGGCUUCACGGGCCUCGACUGCGCCCAGGUGGUCUCCCCCCAGGGCCUGCAGCUGCUCAGGAGCACCGAGGAUUCCCUGCUAGUGAGCUGGGAGCCCCCUGGGGAUGUGGACCACUACCUCCUCAGCUACUACCCCAUGGGGAAGGAACUUUCUGUGAAGCAGAUCCAAGUGCCCAAGGAGCAGAACAGCUAUGAGAUCCAUGGUUUGAUGCCUGGAACCAAGUACCUAGUCAGCCUGCGCAACGUGAAGAAAGAGGUUUCCAGCAGCCCACAGCAUCUACUCGCCAGUACAGACCUUGCCGUGGUUGGCACUGCUUGGGUGACAGACGAGACAGAGAACUCCCUGGAUGUGGAGUGGGAGAACCCCCCGACUGAGGUGGAUUACUACAAACUGCGGUACGGCCCCCUGACAGGGCAGGAGGUGGCUGAGGUCACCGUGCCCAAGAGCAGUGACCCCAAGAGCCGAUAUGACAUCACUGGUCUGCAUCCUGGGACUGAGUAUAAGAUCACCGUUGUCCCCAUGAAAGGAGAACUGGAGGGCAAACCGAUUCUCCUGAAUGGCAGGACAGAAAUUGAUGGUCCAACCAAUGUGGUCACAAAUCGAGUGACAGAAGACACAGCGGCAGUCUCCUGGGACCCCGUGCAGGCCGUCAUAGACAAGUACGUGGUGCGCUACACCUCUCCUGAUGGGGAGGCCAAGGAGAUGGUGGUGCACAAGGACCAGAGCAGCACCAUGCUGACAGGACUGAAGCCAGGAGAGGCGUAUGAAGUUCAUGUUUGGGCUGAGAGGGGCAACCAGGAGAGCAAGAAAGGCAACACCAAGGCGCUCACAGAAAUUGACAGCCCUAAAAAUCUGGUGAUGGACCAGGUGACAGAGAACACGGUCACCAUCUCCUGGGACCCAGUGCAGGCUGCCAUUGACAAGUACGUAGUGCGCUACAUCUCUGAAGACGGAGAGACUAAGGAGGUUCCUGUGGGGAAGGAUCAGAGCAGCACGGAGCUGACGAGCCUGAGGCCAGGCAUAGAGUACAAGGUGUAUGUGUGGGCCCAGAAGGGGAGCCAGGAGAGCAAAAAAGCCGACACCAAGGCCCCAACAGAAAUCGACAGCCCCCAAAAUCUGGUGAUGGACCAGGUGACAGAGAACACGGCCACCGUCUCCUGGGACCCAGUGCAGGCUGCCAUUGACAAGUACUUAGUGCGCUACAUCUCUGCUGAUGGAGAGACCAAAGAAGUUCCCGUGGGGAAGGAUCAGAGCAGCAAGGAGCUGAUAGGCCUGAGGCCAGGCAUGGAGUACCAGGUGUACGUGUGGGCCCAGAAGGGGAGCCAGGAGAGCAAGAAAGCAGACACCAAGGCCCCAACAGACAUUGACAGCCCCAAAAACCUGGUGACUGACCAAGUGACAGAGAACACGGCCACUGUCUCCUGGGACCCAGUGCAGGCCGUCAUUGACAGGUACAUGGUGCGCUACACCUCUGCUGACGGAGAGACCAAGGAGGUUCCAGUGGGGAAGGAUCAGAGCAGCACGGUGCUGACGGACCUGAGGCCAGGUGUAGAGUACAUGGUUAACGUGUGGGCCCAGAAGGGGAGCCAGGAGAGCAAGAAAGUCAACACCAAGGCCCCAACAGACAUUGACAGCCCUAAAAACCUAGUGAUGGACCAGGUGACAGAGAACACGGCCACCAUCUCCUGGGACCCAGUGCAGGCCGUCAUUGACAGCUACAUAGUGCGCUACACCUCUGCUGACGGAGAGACCAAGGAGGUUCCAGUGGGGAAGGAUCAGAGCAGCAAGGUGCUGACGGGCCUGAGGCCAGGUGUGGAGUACACGGUUAAGGUGUGGGCCCAGAAGGGAAGCCAGGAGAGCAAGAAAGCCAACACCGAAGCCCCAACAGACAUUGACAGCCCCAAAAACCUAGUGAUGGACCAGGUGACGGAAAACACGGCCACCAUCUCCUGGGACCCAGUGCAGGCUGUCAUUGACAGCUACAUGGUGCGCUACACCUCUGCUGACGGAGAGACCAAGGAGGUUCCAGUGGGGAAGGAUCAGAGCAGCACGGUGCUGACGGACCUGAGGCCAGGUGUAGAGUACAUGGUUAACGUGUGGGCCCAGAAGGGGAGCCAGGAGAGCAAGAAAGUCAACACCAAGGCCCCAACAGACAUUGACAGCCCCAAAAACCUGGUGAUGGACCGGGUGACAGAGAACACAGCCACGGUCUCCUGGAACCCAGUGCAGGCUGUUAUUGACAGGUACAUUGUACAAUACACCUCUGCUGACGGAGAGACCAAGGAGGUUCCCGUGGGGAAGGAUCAGAGCAGCAUGGUGCUGACGGGUCUGAGGCCAGGUGUGGAAUACAAUGUGUACGUGUGGGCCCAGAAGGGGAGCCGAGAAAGCAAGAAAGCUGACACUAAGGCCCCAACAGACAUUGAUAGCCCCAAAAACCUGGUGACAGACCGGGUGACGGAGAACACAGCCACCGUUUCCUGGGAUCCGGUGCAGGCUGUCAUUGACAAGUACAUGGUGCGCUACACCUCUGCUGACGGAGAGACCGAGGAGGUUCCAGUGGGGAAGGAUCAGAGCAGCACGGAGCUGACUGGCCUGAGGCCAGGUGUGGAGUACACGGUAUAUGUGUGGGCCCAAAAGGGGAGCCAAGAGAGCAAGAAAGCAGACACCAAGGCCCCAACAGAUAUUGACAGCCCCCAAAACCUGGUGACAGACCAGGUGACAGAGAACACGGCUACCAUCUCCUGGGUCCCGGUGCAGGCUGCCAUUGACAAGUACGUGGUUCGCUAUACCUCUGCCGAUGGAGAGACCAAGGAGGUUGCAGUGGGGAAGGAUCAGAGCAGCACAGUGCUGACAGGCCUGAGGCCAGGCAUGGACUACACGGUGAACGUGUGGGCCCAGAAGGGGAGGCGUGAGAGCAAGAAAGCUGACACCAAGGCCCUAACAGAAAUCGACCCUCCCAAAAACUUCCGUCCAUCCAAUGUAACACAGUCUAGUGGGAUAUUGACCUGGACACCCCCUUCUGCUCAGAUUGAUGGCUACGUUCUGACCUACCAUUUCCCAGACGGAACUGUUAAGGGGGCACAGCUUGGACGAUGGGACCAGAGAUUUGAGUCACAAGGCCUUCAGCAAGGUGUCACCUACCCCGUUUCCUUGGUUGCCUUUAAGGGUGAUCGCCAGAGCAGGAGUGUAUCAACCACCCUGUCCACAGUUAGUGCCCGUUUUCCACACCCUUUGGACUGCAGUCAAGUUCAGCAGAACAGCAACGCUGCCAGUGGCCUGUACACCAUCUACCUGCAUGGCGAUGCCAGCCGGCCCCUGCAGGUGUACUGCGAUAUGGAAACUGAUGGAGGUGGCUGGACUGUCUUCCAGAGGCGGAACAGUGGGCAGCUGGAUUUCUUCAAGCGUUGGCGGACCUACGUGGAAGGCUUUGGGGACCCCAUGAGGGAGUUCUGGCUUGGCCUUGACAAGCUACACAAUCUCACUGCUGGCUCUUCUCCCCGGUAUGAGGUGAGAGUGGAUUUACAGACCGCCAACGAUUCUGCCUAUGCUGUAUACGAUUUCUUCCAAGUGGCCUCCAGCAAGGAGCGGUAUAAGUUAACUGUUGGGAAAUACCGAGGCACAGCAGGGGAUGCUCUUAGUUACCACAAUGGGUGGAAGUUUACAACUUUUGACAGAGACAACGAUAUUGCUCUCAGCAACUGUGCCCUGACACAUCAUGGUGGCUGGUGGUACAAGAACUGCCACUUGGCCAACCCUAAUGGCAGAUAUGGGGAGACCAAACACAGUGAGGGUAUAAACUGGGAGCCAUGGAAAGGACAUGAAUUCUCCAUUCCUUACGUGGAGUUGAAAAUCCGCCCCCAUGGCUACAUCAGGGAGCCUGUCUUGGGCAGAAAGAAGCGGACGCUAGGAGGAAAGACAAGAACACUCUGAUAACCCAUUUGAGCAAUUGCUGCAUGAGACAAGACCAGCUCAGGUUGGGGCUGUGCAAGCCUGGGCUGGGGCAGACAGUGGCGACUGGCCAAUGACAGUUUGAGGGAUGUUCAUAGCCUCUAGUUUCUGAGAUUGAUGGAUAACCUAUGUGGCCUGUGUGAUUCAAAGCAUGUCACCAAAAUUGAAGGCACAGAGGUCCCUUCCCUGCCACCUGUUUUAUUGCCCAUGUGAUAUUAUCUGCAUUGGAGGUCCUGAACAUCAACAAAACAGUCUUUGCACAGUGUGCAUGGAUAGGGCAGUACUGGAACUGCAUGGUUCCUCAGGCUGUCUCCAGUAAAAAAUACACUUGAUUAGGGCAAAAAGGGGAUCAUCCAGGACUUCACCAAUUAGAAAGUUCUAGAAAAAAAUUUUUUUUUAAAAAGCUCUGCAAAUACUAAUCUUCUCUCUGGAAAGAAGCACCAAAGAGAGGCUCUAGUUACCAAGGGGUCAGGGCUGAGGUAGUCUGAUGCUUGUUAUCUCCUGUUCCCACUGAGUUUUGAGGAAAACAGUGUAAAUCUCCCCCUUCCCUUCAAUUGCCAGUCCUUUGAGGAAGAGUAAAGGGAACAAAAAGAGGCCCAGAUGGAUUCACAUUUAGCUAGACUAGUAUUCAGCAGCUGGAAACCACAGCUUUCACUUUACUGCUAUGUUUAUGUGCCCCCUGUCCAGGGAUUUGCAUAAUCACUUUCAUAGAUCUGCAUAUGUUGUCAAUAAAUUCUCACUCAUUUCAACUUUAAAUAAUUUGACUCUCUUGAUAAUUGGUACCUCCCAGAGACUCUUCUACGACUCGCCUUGCUGCCCAUCAGGUCCUCAGCCUCCUUCCAUCCGGGGCCUCCCACACUGUUGACCCUUGGGUUUGCUGGAGUUGCUUGGCCUUGGGGCUUACUAUUUGAAUGGAGACUUGGCAUGGUCAGAUCCUUUUUGCUUAUUUUCCUAUCAUUUUGGAAGAAUUUCUGUAGCGAAUUCAGUGACCAGUGAAGCAACUUAAAUUACUAUCCAAGAAAAAAUAAAAAAAUAAA